AUGAUCUUCUCUUCGAAAUUUGUGGCCACUUCCGGCCUUGUGCUUUCGCUUGCCUCCAUUGCAGCAGCCCACCCUGGCGAGGGCCACGAGAAGCGCAUGCAAGAGGCCGCCAACGCCCGUACGGUUGCGUCAGUCAAUGCCAGAGCACUUGAAGCCUGCAACGCGCGCCCCGAGGUGAAGGCAAGAAAGCAGCGCGCGAUUGCUCGUAGGGAGGCCACCUUUGACGGCUUGCGCCAGAAGAGAUCUCUCAAAAAUGAACCAUUUCUUCACCGGCGAGAUGCUACGGAUUUCGCAAAGUGGGCCGCUGUCGAUCACAACAAGACCGGCAUCGUCGAUUUCAGUAGGGACACGCCCGCAGAAGAGCUCUUCGCGUCCAACACGAGCUGUGUUCUUGCUCCCGAUAAUGCCAAUGGGCCAUAUUUUGUCUACCAGGAGCUCAUCCGUGAGGAUGUUGCGGAGGACCUCCAGGGUGUUCCCUUACACCUUGAGUUCCAGUUCAUCGAUGUCAACACGUGCGAGCCGGCUGAUGUUUUAGUCGACAUCUGGUCGUGCAACAGUACUGGCCAGUACAGCGGCGUCAGUGCCGACGGUCAGGGAGGUCUUGACUCGACCUACCUGCGUGGUGUCCAGCCCACGGACGUGGAGGGAGUCGUAAACUUUGAUACUAUCUUCCCCGGACAUUACGAGGCUCGCGCAUCCCACCAGCACAUCAUUGUCCACGUCGGGUCUGAAAUUCUUGACAACGGAACGUACACGGGGGGUGUCGUAGCUCACCUGUCUCAGCUUUUCUUUGACCAAAAGCUCAUCGACAUUGUUGAGGCGCUUGCGCCCUAUAACACGAACGAGAUUCCACAGACCCCUAACGUAGAGGACCUCUUCUCUGGGUACGGUGCGACGGCCGAGUAUGACCCGUUCAUCGACUACAUCGUCCUGGGCAGCGAUAUAUCUUCCGGUCUUUUCGCAUGGGCCGAACUUGGUCUUAACACUAGCUCGAACUGGGAUUUCUACGCGCCUUAUGCGUCCAUCUGGAAGCCGGAUGGCGGUGUGGAUAACCCGAACUUCAACUUCUCCGUCGUUGGCACGCCUCCACCUACACAUGGCUAA